CAAGGAGUGGCCGCUGCACCUGUCCGACCUGUUCGGGGGAUACAUGACUCCAGAGGAAUUUCUCCCCCUUCUCCCGUCUCUUUUGUUCAGCGGCGAGUUUUCCUCUUUUUUUUUUUUUUUUUUUUCCUGAGUGUGGACCGUGUGAGAGCCAGAGGAGAGGAGAAGGGGAGACAGACAGAAGGCAGAUAAAGAGAUGUCGGAACCAGCCGCAAAUCCCGCCGCCACCUCGUUUCCAACGCCAACUAUCUCGUUACCUUUGGGACUGGAGGUGUUGAGGACCUACUCUGGAGUCCUUGUCUGUUUGGAAAUAUUAUUCGGUGGUCUGGUAUGGAUCCUGGUGGCCUCUUCCAACGUGCCCGUGCCUCUGCUGCAGGGCUGGGUGAUGUUUGUGUCCGUCACCGCCUUCUUCCUCUCCUCUUUUUACCUCACUCUGCUCGUCACUGGUUUGGCUGACCGCAUCAACACGGACUGGAACUUCUUGGAUGUCUUCUACCACUUUCUAGCUUUGCUGUUCUACUUUGCUGCGUUUGUGUUGGAGGCGGCAACCACAGCAGCGAAUGGGGGAGCUCACAUCAACUCACUACCAAACAGCACUGACUCGGUCCUGUGCAUAACCUUCCCUCGGGGCAACAUUUUCACAGUGCUGAGCUACAGGGAGUACAGCAUUAAUGUGGCAGCCACGAUAUUUGCCUUUGUGGUAACUCUUUGCUACUGUGGCAGUAUGGUGAUGGGGUUCAAGAGAUGGAGGAAGUGACCAGGAGAAUGAACAGAAAGUAACAUUACAUCUGCAUUAUGAUGUCAGCAUGUCUGCCAGACAAAAACAACCCGACCAUUCAGUAAUUCAUCGACGUCCACUUUUGUUCAGUGAAGCACAUAAUGUAUUAUCUUCCUAAUGUGACCCUUUUGUCAAAUAGCAAACCCUAUAUCAAGUAAAAAUGAAGAAAUUUCUUUAUUGGAAAAAUAAUUAUUUGACACCCCAUGCAGACAGGACUUACAUAAGUUCAGUCAAGAGUCCUUCAGUCAAAACACAAUGGAACUUAGAAAGAGAACUGAGAGGGCUUUAUACUCUAAUUUGUAUUUUAAGACUUUGGAAGAUGAAAACAAUGCAUGAAAAACAUUUUUUUACUCAUGGAAUUUAAAAGAUGACGCAUUUUGCUUUUAAAUCAUAUUUUAGCUACAUUUUUUGUUGAUGAGUUGAAAACAUAUGUGAUAUCACUGGAUGUUGCUUUGAGGACUGUCAGAUACUCCCAAUAAACUUGAGAAUAAAAGUUUUUUUUCCAGUAUUAUAGGAAACACACUGAAUCAAACUUUGUCAUAUAUAAAUGAGAAUUAAAAAUUAAACUAGGUUAAUCUGUGAAUCUGGUAGUUUAUCAUAAAUUAAUCAUGUAAUCCUUUCAGCAAUAAA